CUCCUCAGCGCGCCCGGCGGUGCGGCGGCCCCUCGGUCUCCUGGUGGGCGGGAGCGGGGGACCCCAGGUGUGUGCCAGCGAGUGGGCCUCUGGGCGACCCCAGGCCCGCGCCCCACCUUGUUUUCCAGGUGCUGGGACUAGAGAGGCGCCCCGAAACCGUUCACUUUUCUCGCUCCGGUCCAGGUGACUCCCACCCACCCUCGGCUUGUUGGGGGCUUUCCGGGCCCAGGACCCUGACGGCCCAGCCAAGCCUCCCCCGCCAGCCGGGCCUCGGGAAGGUCGGGGAGGGACGCCCUGGUGAGGCCGUUACCCACCUGCGCGCAUAGCACCUCGGGGUGGUGAAUGACGGCGCCGCGGCUUACACUGCAUUUUCAGCAACCAGAAUUUGGGAUGUUCCCUCAGUUCCAAGACUAGCUGGGGAAAACAAGGUUGUUAAAAUACCUGCUGUCUGGAAAGCUGAAGGAAAUGGUAAAUGGUUUAGGCCUUUUCAAGUGUUAGAAAUAAUCCCUGCAAAAUGUACUUUCCGUACCCUUCAAAUGUUAGCAGUCACCCUACUACUGUACGUUUCAAUUAAUUGUUCAAACUAAAGUUUUCUCUUUAAGUGAUAUCUCUGACAUGAAUUUUAAAGGCAAAGUGAGAGAUUUUCUUGUUUGGAAGAAGCCUGUAUAACUUUGACAUCUAAGAGCUCAAGAUUUACUUAUGAAACGGAUUUUGAAGAUGUCAGAAAGGCAUUCAGGUCAAGCUCAAACUGGAGCAGGAAAGGAGUUGGACUCUCCUACUGUCGAUUGCAAGUACUCCAGCUCCAGAGAUUUAAGUUCCACAUCUUCAUUUCAAGAUAGUGGCUACAGUGAGUUGUUAAAAUCGUGCAGCUUUGAUAAUACAGAUAAAGAAUUUUUUGAAAAGAAAGAAAAAGGCCUACCAUUAAAUUUCAGUCUGGGUUCAACACACCCUUUAGAGUCCCCUACUCAAAAAAAGAGAUUCUUCUUCCCUAGAAAGGAAAAGGAUAAAACCCCAGAACUUUGUGAAACUCCUAAAGUCAGGGGAAGAAAAUUUUUACUACGCAGAAGGUUGGACAUAUCUUUUUCUCUUCUAAAGGGGAACUCUGAAUCACAAAAUAGUUCCCUCGAAAGUGGUAUAAGCCAAGUUCUCAACUUAGAAAAAAAUAUUCCAAGCAAUGCUUCAGGUUUUCCAAGGCAAAGUAAUUUUAGUGCUGUAGUUACUAGCACUUUGAAAACGGAAGAAGCAGCUUCCAGCAGUCAGAAACUCAGACUUAAUUUUUCUCAGCAGAAGACUUCCACAAUUGAUGACUCCAAAGAUGAAUGUAGCCUGUUUGAAGUUGAGUGUAUAUCUCCGAUUCAGGGCAAUAAUUUUAGAGACUCUCUCACCCAUGACUUAAGUGAUAGCAGUCUCUGUGUUAAUGAUGAGAAUACAUAUCCAGAACUUCUGGGCUCCUCUGAUAGUGGGACAACUUGUGAAACAGAUGAGGAUAUUUUUGUGACCCCAAUAAGUAACCUUGUAGCAAACAUUAAAUUUAAGGCAAGUCAAAGGCUUUCUCCUUCAACUGAAGUGAGGGGCAAUAUUUCAACCCCUGCAGACAGUGGUUUUAACUCACUUUGCUUGGAUAAAUCAGAAGAUUCCCUCUCUGACCAGGAGGGUUCUUUUCAAGAACUACUUCAGAAACAUAAGGGAACUUUCAAAGUUGGGUCAAGGCGUCUUGGAAGGUUGAGAAGACUGUCUACCCUUCGGGAGCAAGGCUCACAAUCAGAGACAGAAGAGGAAAAGCAAAUCAUCCACUCUGACUCUGAAACAACACCAGCAGCUGCUUCAGACAUCUCAGAGAGUCAGCCUAGUGGUGACAGGCAGAGUGGGGAUUUGAUUUUGAGCUUUAAGAAUUUAUCAAAGACCCCAGCCUUGCAAUUAGUGCAUGAGCUGUUUAUGAAAAGCAAAAGGAAAAGAUUCCAGCAAAACAGUGCACACGAAUUCUUAGAAGAAAGGGAUAGAGGGAAAAUAGCUGUGCUGCAGUGUGUACUUGCAGGACUAAUUGGCAAGAAAAUGGGUGUAGAACAACUGGACAUCUUAACAGAAUUAAAAUGUAGAAAUUUAAAGCACAUUCUUGCAAUGGUUUUAGAUUCCUUGACUGCAGAAAGCCUAUGCAGUGUUUGGAAAGUGAGCAGAAAUUGGCGUGAAAUUAUUGUUCAAGAUAAAAAAGCAAAUCGGAGGAGGAAAUUUUAUAUCGCACAAUUGAAAACAGAUUCCGAGGGGGCUAUUUUAAAUGUUCAGGAUGCUGCCACUCGGCUCCAUCUUUUAAAUCGAUCCGCUUUAAGAUCUGUACAAGCUCAGGCUAGGAUACCAGGUUCUCAGAAAGAACAAGUUUCAACAUUUUCUCCUUGGGGAGAAGUUUUGACACCUAUAGCAAGCUCUUCAGUUACUCACUCACAUAGUAAACAGGAAGAAUAUGUUAAGGUUGCCAAAACACUUUUUAUCGAUGAAGCAUUAAAACCUUGCCCAAGGUGCCAAUCCCCUGCUAAGUACCAGCCAUAUAAGAAAAGGGGACUAUGUAGCCGCAGAACCUGUGGUUUUGACUUUUGUGUGUUAUGUUUGUGUGCUUAUCAUGGGUCUGAAGAAUGUAGUAGAGGAACAGCAAAUCCAAGAAAUAGAAAAGAUGCUCUUCCAGGAAGUGCCCAGAGUAAGCGGAAUUUAAAACGCCUUUAAAGAGACUUAUAAAAGAAGCAUUCCCCUAAGCAACAUUUUGUCUGACUUAAAAUUAUGAAUUUUUUGAAAGCAUACAAAUUUUCCCAUUAAUGACAGAUGAUGAUUUAUUUCCUAUUUUGUAUAUAUUAUAAUCCAUGUCAUUGUAUGUUUUCUUUCAAGUAGUGAGUUUUUGAAGAAAUUUUAUUUUACUAUGUCACUUUUACCAGUUUUAAUAACUUAGUAUUUUAAAUAAAGAAUUUUCAAUGUUACCAUAUAUAUGUAUUUAACUGUUUCAUGUAAUAUUUAAAAAUUGUGCAUUUCAUCACUAUGUGUUGAAAUGUUCUUCAAUCACUUUUAAAUAAUAGUUUUUUCCAAAUAGUAAAACUUUUUAACUUGAGAUAGAUGGUCUUAUAGAUUUAGAAAAUGAGUAUUUAAAAUGAAAUCUAAAUAAAAUGUUUUCAGAAGU